AUGGGCAAAAAAAUAGUAUUCAACAUAUCUUCUGAGUUCCAGCUCCAGCAGAUGCUCGGGGAAGGCGCGUACGGCGUAGUGUGUAGCGCGCGGCAUCUUCCCACCGGCCAGAUGGUCGCGAUCAAGAAAAUCGAGCCCUUUGACAGACCGCUGUUCUGCCUGCGGACGCUGCGUGAGAUCAAGCUUCUGCGCUGCUUCCAGCACGAGAACAUCAUCUCGAUAUUCGACAUCCAAAGACCCGCGUCUUUCGAGACCUUUAGCGAGGUCUAUAUCAUCCAGGAGCUGAUGGAUACGGACCUACAUCGGGUCAUCACCACACAAACACUUUCGGACGACCACGUCCAGUAUUUUGUUUACCAAAUCCUGCGUGCGCUCAAGUGUCUACACGGAGCAGAGGUCAUCCACCGAGACCUGAAGCCGUCGAACCUUUUAGUCAACGCGAACUGCGAUCUGAAGCUGUGCGACUUUGGCCUCGCGCGGUGCGCGGGCGGUGGAACGAAGCCAGGCGACGCGGGCCAUAUGACCGAGUACGUCGCCACACGGUGGUACCGAGCGCCCGAGGUUAUGCUGACGGCUGCCGAAUACACGUUCGCCAUGGACGUGUGGUCCUGCGGGUGCAUCCUAGCGGAGCUGCUGAUGCGCAGACCACUCUUUCCGGGCAAAGACUACCACCACCAGUUGUUGCUUAUUUUCCAGGUCAUAGGAUCACCGACCGCAGGCGAUUUGGGGUGUGUACGCUCGAAGCGCGCGCGGCAGUAUCUGAAUACACUGCCCCGCUACGCGGGAGACGGCAACCUGCGCUCGCUGGUCCCGGACGCGAGCGCGGAGGCGCUAGACCUAUUGGAGCAGAUGUUGGUGUUCGACCCGCGCCGCCGCAUCACCGCAUCUCAGGCCCUGAAGCAUCCGUACCUGCAGGCCUACCACGACCCACAAGACGAGCCCGCGACCGCCAAAGUUGACCCGGCACUGUUUCACUUCGACGAGCGCAAAGACAAGCUGGGCGCCGGUGACCUCAAGCGCCUGCUGUGGGACGAGAUUUUCGGGAAGCGCGAGCGCACGGACUCUUAA